GGAUGACCCGGAUGCAUUUGUGAACAGGAAGAGGACAAACCGGCGGAGCUAAGAAGUUUGUGUUCACUAACACUCAGACGGCAGGAUGAGCAGCUCAGAGGAGGUGUCCUGGAUAUCCUGGUUCUGUGGACUCCGAGGGAAUGAGUUCUUCUGUGAGGUUGACGAAGACUACAUCCAGGACAAGUUUAACCUGACAGGUUUGAAUGAGCAGGUGCCUCACUAUCGCCAGGCUCUGGACAUGAUCCUCGACCUUGAGCCAGAUGAGGAACUUGAAGAUAACCCGAACCAGAGUGACCUGAUCGAGCAGGCAGCAGAGAUGCUUUAUGGGCUCAUACAUGCAAGAUACAUCCUCACAAACAGAGGCAUUGCACAAAUGCUGGAAAAGUAUCAGCAAGGUGAUUUUGGCUAUUGCCCCAGAGUCUAUUGUGAGAAUCAGCCAAUGCUUCCUAUUGGUUUGUCAGACAUCCCAGGAGAAGCAAUGGUGAAGCUGUAUUGCCCAAAGUGCAUGGAUGUGUACACCCCUAAAUCGUCCAGACACCACCACACAGAUGGAGCUUAUUUUGGUACAGGGUUCCCUCACAUGCUGUUCAUGGUGCACCCAGAGUACCGUCCAAAGCGACCAGCCAACCAGUUCGUGCCAAGGCUGUAUGGUUUCAAAAUUCACCCAAUGGCUUAUCAACUCCAACUUCAGGCUGCGUCAAGUUUCAAGAGCCCGGUCAAGACAAUCCGCUAGAACUCCUCGACGAACUCGGUGAACUCAGAGACUUUAUUGGUGACGACUUAUUUGAAGCAAAGGAUUAUAUAUUCCAAAUAAAUGCCUGUACAGCUCUUCAGACCCACCUCUGUGUUCAGAUCCAGCCGCUUCCCCUCAUUUAGAGAACAACAGGUUAGUUUAUUCUAUAUUAAACAUGUUAUUAUUCCUCCUUCCUCAGCCUUAACUGAUGUGCAGUCUAUCUUUUCACAUUUUACGGUUGUUUCUCUUGAUAGAAAAGUGACUUUAACUCCGUGAUACUGAAGGGUGUGCUUUGUGGUUUAAUUGCAGGCGAUUGAAUGUAAAUCUUGUUACCAGCCGUCAGACAGAUUUUGCCUUAUCGGUGAUAGUUGAGAUUUAUGACAGUUGAAUUGUAUUAAAUCAUGUUUAGGUGUGCUGAGGAGCAGAUGCUGGAAUGUACUAAGAUUAUGUUCUGCCAAUGUGUAAAUAGGAUCAGGUGCUAUUUCCAAGAACCGAUAAAUACCAAAUUGGAAGUAGAAAGUAAGAACUUAUCUUAAAAAUGGACCUAUGCUCGAUUUUAAUCUUAUUGCUUAGUUUUCUUUGAAUUCAGUGGCUGUGCUUGAUUGUGUAGACAACUAUUUUCCUGAUGGCUAUGUAUUUGUAGUUUCAUGGUAUUAAAACGUAGAUAAAUUUG